AUGCGGCUUUCCUUCUCGCGCUUUUGUGUCCUUGCGCUGUGCGGUGCUGCCAGCAUCUCGCGCGCUUCGCUCUUCACCUUGGUGACGGAGGGCGGGGGACAAUGCGACAGUUCUAUGCAGACGACACUGGAUCAAUGGAUUUCUGACAGCAAAGAACUCGUCGCAGCCGCGCUGUGGGCUGUUGAACAAAGAAGUUCAAACAACGAAGAGAUAUUGGCAUUUUUCACUUCCUAUUUCGGUAUCAAGUUCGACUACGAAAAUGGCGGAUUCGCAAACUCCGCCUCUGGUAUUGUGUUUGCGACGGUUCGCAACACGCUCACCUUGGUGUCGAACUUCCUGAACGGCCAGGGCAUCCCCGAGGCCAUGAACCCCACGACACCGCCGUACCUUUUCUGUGGCGAUGGUGCUUAUUCGGCUACGGGUUGGUACGCGUCCGUACUUGGUUUUGAUGGAAAGCCUGUCCCAAACCUGGACACAGGCGAAGGGUACUAUACUGUGUGGGAUAUGUACAAGCAAGAGGUUGUAACCCAAGCUAAGAACCCGUUCUAUUCAGCUGUACAGAAUGGGUACGCUUUUGGACUGGGCAAAACACCCUGUGCCACACGUGUCGUUGAUGGGGAGGAGGUCGCACCAGCGGCUUUCGUCACAAGGCCUUAUUUUCCCAAGUCACUCCCCGAUGAGGGUUUUGUUAUUGACUGGAAUCCAUCUAUGACUUUGUGUGAUAUGAUGCUCGAGGCCCCAGAAGCGCCAUAUGUGGCUCUGCUUAAGGAUAUUGCGUAUCCGACCAAAGAUUCUCCGAUAAACUUGGACUCCCAAGUGCCGCUAAGUACGAGUUUCUACCAUGAGCUUACCCACCUCGUGUCAAAAGCCGUCGAAGAUAACUGGUAUGACUUGAACGCCAUCAUCAAAAACGCAGUAAUAGAUGCCGCUGGCGACUCACAGGGGGCAGAAAACAAUGCUGAAUCCUACAUGUUCUUUUCCUUGGCCCUUUGGUACUACAGGAAUCCGAAUGAUGGAUAUCGCGCGACUUUCUACCGGGGGAAAUCAAACGACCCGCUCAGGAUUUCUACUACGUCUUAG